AUGCUCACAAGGUAUUUGACUUUGACAGACUGUGCUGUCAAUGACAACAACAAAUACCUGCAGGGAUGUGACCCUCACCUGCUGUCUCACCUGCUGUCUCACCCGCUGUCUCACCCGCUGCCUCACCUGCUGUCUCACCUGCUGUCUCACCCGCUGCCUCACCCGCUGCCUCACCUGCUGUCUCACCUGCUGUCUCAUCUGCUGCCUCACCCGUUGCCUCACCUGCUGUCUCACCUGCUGUCUCACCUGCUGUCUCACCCGCUGUCUCACCCGCUGUCUCACCUGCUGUUUCACCCGCUGUCUCACCCGCUGUCUCACCCGCUGUCUCACCGGCUGUCUCACCGGCUGUCUCACCCGCUGCCUCACCCGUUGCCUCACCCGAUGUCUCACCCGCUGUCUCACCCUCUGCCUCACCUGCUGUCUCACCCGCUGUCUCACCCACUGUCUCACCCGCUGUCUCACCUGCUGUCUCACCCGCUGUCUCACCUGCUGUCUCACCCGCUGUCUCAUCUGCUGUCUCACCUGCUGCCUCACCUGCUGUCUCACCCGCUGUCUCACCCACUGUCUCACCUGCUGUGCCUCACCCGCUGUCUCACCUGCUGUCUCACCUGCUGUCUCACCCGCUGUCUCACCUGCUGA